CUUCGUUUCUUUACGUAUGUUACCUUAUAUCAUCACAGAUUUGGAACUUCCUUGAAUGUCUUGGCAUUAACACUGGCGAGAUCUCCUUAUGGCUAUAAGCUAAUAAUUGCUAAGGCGAGAGCGCAGAUGCGCAUUUAGUCGUUCUGGCGCCUAAACAUCGUACAAGAAAGGCUUACUUUCCGAGAUAUUUCUUAUCGCCCAAAAUUAACCAGUGAAAAUCCAGUUACUCAGAUAUUCAAGCGCGCUCCGAGAUGUGUAUUCGCAAAUCGCACUAGUCCUCGUCGGAAACAGAUGUGAAUAGAUGUUAUCAUACAAAAAAAAGGUAAUACACCCUCCGAGCAGUAAUUGAGGCACUAUCAAAAGAACGAAGACAACGUGUAAUGCGUUAGGGAGGGACAUGAUUACAUUAGUCAUUACCCUAGAGUCAAGACGCAAUCUUCAAUCCUUAAUAUCCUUUUCAUUGAGUUGUCGGCUUAAGAACUUAUGAACCUAAGUUAACGAAGUGUUACUUAUAAAAUAAUGACCGCUAUCGUCGUAAGUUGUGUCUAAGUAACUAGCAGCAGCCUUGAAUCUUUAAUUACCGUUAGCUGGGUCCGUUUACCUUGAACAUUUAGGGAACUCCUAUUUCACCUUCUUUUCCUUUUCAGUAGUUAGUCUCAUCAAAAGGCUUGUAGAUAUUGCAUUUUAUGGGAUAGGUAGGUCAAAUACUUUAAUUUAUAGGUGUAUAUUGUAUUUAAUGUAAGAAAAGCCGCUGUCAUUGGACACAAAUAAACCUAAAAAUGUUGACCUCUGCGGUCGCUACUUAAUUCUAAGCAGUAACCUCCUACGACGAACCAUACCCACAAACUUAUGUGCAUGUAGUCAACAUUAUUUGUACACAGUUGUUUUUUUAAUACAAUUUUAGAGCAAGAAAUCUGGCCUUUCGUGGCAAAAAUAAAAUGUGGAAUUCCGUAUUUUUUCUGGCAGCGCGAUGAUAAGAAGUCCGGUGAACGGCCGAUUACGAGUAUAGGUCGGUAUGCGGUUGUCAGAUGUGUGAACUCUGUGGAGGUCAAUGUUGUACUAAUAUAUAUACGUAUAUGUAAACAAAUAUAUAGAAAUUUUUUUUUAAGAUUUCCGAAUUCUAGCAAGAGCUCUUAAUCUUUUUAUGGGUCGCCAUUGUGAAGUGCUGGUAUUGCUCACGUUAUAUAUGGAAAACGCAGCUUUUCGUACGUACAAUUCUAUAACGGCCCACAACCAUGCUAUCUAAAGUAUUUAAACCGAUUAACGAUGCAAGGAGUGUAAAGUUUUCAUGCAUGAUACAAAUUAGAGGACAAUAUACAUUUCCAUAAAACGUUUCCAGAUUCCAGAAAUCCUUGAUAGUAAAUAGGUACCUGCACAACUCAACUUGGAUAAAAUACAUAGCCUGCAAUAAAACGCCUGCAUGUCUAUGCAUGGUACCGGUUUGACGAGAGGCAAUUGUAAACUCACGCCGAUGUAGAUGUAGAGUGAACGAGGACGCAAAUAUGUAGAAUUAGAAUAUCUUCAUCCGAUUAAUUCAUCAAAUUCAUUAAUAAUUAAUUUAUCGUAAUGUUUAUCAAGUAAAAGUUGUGUCAUGUAUGCAAGUAUGUAAGACAGUAAUAAACCAGUUCUGAAGCAAGCCGGUCGUAUCAUUCGCUCCCAAACACGACAUUGGCUGACGAGUUGUGAUUUGUAAAGUUACCCGCGAGUUAAAAAAUAAAUAAAUAAAAUAUGUCGUUUCUAGGCAAAUUAUCGGUUUUCGACCACAAAACGGGCGAUUGGUUGAUUUUUAAGGGGAAGUUAACAAAAUUCCUGCUUUUGAAUUCCAUCGAGGAUGACAAUAAAAGUGCAGUGCUGUUAACAUACUUUUCGGAUGAGUCGUACCGGCUGUUACGUAAUCUCGUAUAUCCAGAUGACAUUGAAAAGAAAACGUACAAAGAAUUGGUUGACGUACUCGAUAAGCAUUUUAAACCCAAGCAGUGCUCGUUCGUCGAGAAGGCAAAAUUCUACGGUGCUACAAGAAGUCCUGGUGAAACCCUAGGUGACUGGGCGGCGCGAUUAAGGGGUCUCGCAUGCUACUGCGAAUUCGGUUCCGCCUUAGAGAUGGUUCUGCUGGACCGUUUCGUCCUCGGGUUGGGCAUGGGCCACGAAAGGGACAAGUUAUUUGAGCAAGAUUGUAAAAGUUUGACCUUCGCAAAGGCACUGGAAAUUGCGGAGAAGGCUGAGUGCGCACGCGAGGCAAAAAAGGUGGAUACAUCUGGCGCUGAUGUGAUAGUGAAGCAGGAGCCGGUGUUUCGGGUAGGCAGCGACGGGAGGUCGAGCGACGGGCCCGACCGCCGCGCGCCCGGCCGCGCAACCUCGGGCUCCAGUUCGAAAUAUCAGCGCGAUAGCGAUGUUCCUCGUUGUUUCGUAUGUGGAAUGAAAAAUCAUAAUAGUGAUAAGUGUCGCUAUAAAAGUUUGCGUUGCCAGAAGUGUGGUGAAAAAGGGCAUUUAAAGAAAGUGUGUAAAGUUCGGGUUAAUUGUGUGGAAACUCAAGGACAAGAUUCGGAUACUACAUGUCAAGACUGUAAGGAAUGUGAACUCUUUAAUCUAAGGUUCCCAGAAUAAGCGUGGGAGGAGUGUCAUGUAUGCAAGUAUGUAAGACAGUAAUAAACCAGUUCUGAAGCAA